AUGAAUCCAUUCUCUAUUGAUGACUCGGAAGAACACACUAUCAAUCCUUUCUCAGUUGGUUUAGAAGAUCAUACUGUUAAUCCAUUUGCUGAUCCUGCUAUUUCAAACUCUCUAGAACAACACUCUCACGACACUAGAGUGUCUUUUGUUCCAGAUGUUCAAAAUACUGCCUUUCAUGAAUCAGAAAGAACAGUCGAUCCACAACUGGCUGCAAGAGAACAACAACUUCUUCAGAGAGAACAAGAACUUGCUGAGAGAGAACAGGAAUUCAGGCGUCAACAGGAUCAACUACGUCUUCAUGGAGCUUAUCCUCCCAACUGGCCAUCCUUUUAUCCUCUCAUUCGUCAUAAUAUUGAUGUCGAUAUUCCUGAAGAACAUCAAUCCACUAUACGCAUGAUAUACAAAUACUGGAUGGCUGUGGUUGGAUUACUGACUAUUAAUAUGAUAGUCAUGUUGAUCAUUCUAUUCUCGCAUCCUUCUAAUAUGGAUUAUCUGCCUGGUGAUUUCGGUGUAGCUCUGGUUUAUUUGGUCUUUAUCUCUGCUGCUUCAUUCAUCACAUGGUAUUUGCCCAUCUAUAUGGCUUACAUGAAAAACAGCUCUUUAUAUUCAUAUAUAUUCUUGGUAUUCAAUGGAUUCCACAUUCUUUUUGCAUGUUAUAUGGCUGUAGGAAUUCCUAGAUCAGGUGCGUGUGGUAUGAUUACAGUUUUGGCAGUAUUUGCCGAUGGAAAAGUACUUGCAGGGGUCUUUGCAUGUUUAGCUUUUGCUGGAUGGGUUGCUAGUGCCAUAUACUCGAUCUAUUUGUGGAGACUAGUAAACGAUUAUAACAAAACAUCAGGACACACAUUUGAGGGUGCACGAGAUGAAGCUGUUUCAGUUGGAGUUCAAAGUGGAGUUGCAGAACGGAUUGCUCGACAACAGUAUUCAAGGGCUUAA